CGAUAAGUUCAGUCAAAUGAACAAUGGAAAAAAAAAACUACGCUGAAAAUAACAGUACUUAUGAAGGAAUUAACAUAGGACAGGUGUUAUAGUGAGACCUAACAAGGAUUCGAGAAAAAAACUGUCAUCAAUUAUGUAAAAGCGAUAAACGCAGCCAAACAGGAACAAUACCAUUCAAUUAAUUAAGCGAAUGAACAGUAAAAGGUGAAUUUUAUCUAAAAAUACCGCCAAACCUUAGUUGGCAUAAAAUUUAGCAAAUGGAUUCCUAUGAAAUGGGAAAAUCUGGGAGUGGAUCCUACAAAAAAGAUGGACUGAGUAGAAAUGCGAUAUUUGCAAUUGUUGCCGCUGUCAGUGUUUCGAUAGCCGUAGGAUUGGGUGUUGGACUCGGUGUCGGACUCAACAAGGACCCGGUCAUCGAAUAUGUAUAUGUCACGUCGACUCCAAAGCAACCUCCUAAAGAAUCCACUACAGUUACAACCACCACGGAAGCCCCACCAUCAGGUGGAGUUUGGGAAAACUUUCGUCUUCCGGCGAAUAUCAUUCCAUCACAUUAUCGACUGUCUCUUCACCCGAACAUGACAACGGAUGACUAUACGGGAACAAAUGCAAUUACUUUCACUGCUACAGAGACAACGGAUGUAGUGAUCUUUCACGCCCACAGAACCUUGAACAUAACUUCAGUUCAGAUUCAGAAAGACAACGCAGGCACAUUGGAAGAUAUUGAGAUUAAAAGAGAGUUCCGGUAUCCGGACAACGAAUUUUAUGUUGUGCAAACUGUAGACAACAUGGCUGCAGGUGAAUACAUACUGACAAUAGGAUUCAACAACAGUCUUAUUGAAUCAAUUGUAGGAAUCUAUAAAUCAACGUACACGGAUCCAGACGGCACAGUCAAAGGCAUUGUGGGAUCAGACAUGGAACCUGUCGACGCCAGACGAGGUUACCCGUGCUUCGAUGAGCCAGCUUUGAAGAUCACUUAUACCACGAGCAUCGUUCACGAAGCCCACCAUACGGCGCUAUCUAACAUGCCAGAUGUUGAAACCACAGAUUACGAAGGAGGGUUGAAAGAAACUUUGUUCCAGAAAUCUGUCCCGAUGCCAACCUAUCUCGGAUGCUUUAUUGUGGGCGAGAUUGUGUCGAUUGAAGCAACGAGUAAAAGGGGAAUUCCAUUAAAAAUCUACGGCACGAAGGCUCAGAUUGACGCUGGACAAGCUGAUUACGCGUUGAAUGUCACAAAAGUUGCUUUUGAUUAUUUUGAAGAAUUAUUCAUGAUGAACUAUUCAUUGCCUAAAUUGGAUCAAAUUGCGAUUCCUAACUUCGGAACGGGGGCCAUGGAGAACUGGGGCCUUGUCACAUACCGGGAGACAAAUCUUCUAUGGGACCAGAAAGAGUCCUCGACCUACUAUAAACAAAGAGUUGCUGCUGUAAUCUCUCAUGAACUUGUGCAUCAGUGGUUUGGCAACAUUGUCACGAUGAAAUGGUGGGACAACAUAUGGCUGAAUGAAGGAUUCGCAUCUUACCUAGAAUACUUAGGAGAGAAUGUUGCUGAGCCUACAUGGGGAAUUCUGGACCACUUGGUCAACGACGAUUUGCAGUCAGUAAUGCGUUCGGAUUCCUCACUCGCGUCUCACCCUAUUGUUGUUGACGUCAACACCCCUUCUCAGAUCACCUCAGUCUUUGACAGUGUCACAUAUUCGAAGGGUGCCACCGUUUUAUACAUGUUACAUGGCAUCUUAGGAGACGAUUUAUUCUUCGGAGGAAUUAACAAAUAUCUCAACGAUUUCCGUUUCAGCAACGCGAAUGAGCAAGACCUGUGGAACUCUCUUCAAACGUACAUUGAUCCAAACGGUGGGGGAUAUGACGUGAAAGGGAUGAUGGACCCGUGGGUUCAGCAGAUGGGCUUUCCUGUCAUCACAGUUGGAGCCGCAAGUGGGAAUGUGGCUCAAGCAAAACAAGAACACAUGCUGGCCGAUGCCAAUCCUGAUCUAUCUAAGAGGCCUCCAUCCAUCUACGAUUAUAAAUGGAUGAUCAAGGUGGACUAUUUCAGAUCAGAUGAUACCACGGUGAAAGAGAUGUGGCUGAACCGCGUCGAUACAAGCAUUGAUUUGGACGUCUCAGGUCUGCCAUCUGACGGAUGGAUAAAAGUAAAUGUAAAGGAGAAAGGCUACUACCGAGUCAACUACAGUCCUGAUAUAUGGAGGAACAUUGCCGCACAGUUAGAAUCCAACUUUACAGUUUUCAGUGAUUUGGACCGAUCGAAUAUACUUGACGACGGCUUCAAUUUGGCACCAGCUGGACGGAUCGAGUAUGUGCAAGCUCUGAAUUUGACAACUUAUCUUGACGAAGAAAAAAGCUUCUUUCCCUGGGACGCCUUUGCGGAUGGAAGCUCCUACAUAAGAGUAAUGUUACAGGAUACCGAUGCUUAUCCAAAUUUUAAGAAAUACUACUUAUCAAAAGUGAAGCCUAUUGCCGACGAACUUGGAUGGGAUGCAACAGUGGGAACACAUAACCAAAAGAGAAUGCGACCAACGAUUCUUGCACUCGCACUGAGAUAUGAUGACGUUGACGCUUUGAACAACGCGACGGAUCUCUACACCAGAUGGCGAGCUGGAGAAUAUAUUCAUCCCGAUAUCCGUCAGCUUGUAUACAGGUAUGGAAUUACUGGCGGGGACGAAUCAGACUGGGAAUACAUGCUUGGAAAAUAUCUAGAGGAAACUGUCGCCGCUGAAAAAUUAAAUUUAUUACGUGGACUCGCGGCGACCGAAGACGUAGCUCUGAUUGACAGACUACUCGAAUACUCGAAGAACGAAUCCAUUAUCAAGCAACAAGAUUUCUUUACCUGCAUUAAUUAUAUCUCAUACGGUGUAAACGGGAAUGUGAUGGCCUGGAACUGGGUCCAACUCAACUGGGAAUAUUUGGUGGACAGAUUUGGCAUAGAAGACAGGAGUUUUGGUCGUAUGAUUCCGAACAUAGUUGAUGACUACAACACUGAACUCUUGUUAUGGGAGGUCGAAAGCUUCUUUGAACGGUAUCCGGAAGCUGGCGCUGGAGAGACAGGGCGCGCGAAUACCAUCCUACAAAUCAACCUCAAUAUUGCCUGGAUGGCAGCCCACGAGAGUUCAAUAAGCAACUGGCUUGCUGAACAGCUAGCCUAGAUAAAGCAGCCUCAAUGCGACAAAACAAAAAUCACUGAAUAAAUUGCCUGAUUCUUCAAUUUUUGAUGCAAAAAUACCGAUUAUAGGUUACUUGUUUGAUUAGAGC